AUGGCCAGCGCUUCCGCAGCAGGUGGCAUUGAACCCGCCCAGCUGGGAUUUCUCGCCAUCUUCAAUCCCUCUCUCGGCAGUACGGACGAGACCAUCGAUGACCAGAUUGUAUACUAUUCCUCCGUGAGCACCCAGUCGGGCUCUCUCAGGAAGAAGAGGAGACGGAGACGGAGCCGACCAACGGAAGGCAUCUCCCAAGCUGAGCGCCAUGAGCGUCUGCGGCAGAUCGGCCUUGCCCAGGGCAUGGCCAACUUCAGUCGCGGGUUCGCAGACGGUGCCGCUGUCGAUACUAUUGAUACGGAAAGAUCGAGAGUCGUUCUCCAUGAACUGGAACCUGGAUGGUGGAUUCUUGCGAGCAUCGACCUCACGAAAGUCCCACUGCCACCAAGACUCCCGACAAAGGGCAGCGAGGCGCAAGAAGACCAAUUCGAAUACUCGAGCCGUGAGAUGAAGCCCUCGACCCUGCUGCUCGGAGACCUUCUACGCGCUCACAACAUAUUCCUCAUGCACCAUGGAUCCUCUUUGAGCGCCCUUUUCGUCCGUUCCAAGAGGUCCAAAUUCGUUGCUCUUCUCGGUCGAUAUUGGGACCUCUACGUUUCGACUUGGAAUGUGAUGCUGCACGGUAACCCUGCUCGUGAGAUAUUCGGUGGGAUCAACCUCGCCGCUUCGGGCGAGCUCGGUGUUGGUGUUGGUGAAGAGGAGCGCGGGAGCGGUGAACGCGAAGUCUUGGAGGGGCUUGUCGGGAGAAUCGAAGGACUCGUCGAUCUGGUGGUAUCCAAGUUUGGGGAGCAUGAACCGGAGGAGGAUACCCUUGAAACGCUUAACGAUAACCAGUCACAAUGGCUAGGAACUGGAAAGGAACCCAGUUGCGAGGAUGGUGCCAUAUUUCUCGGGCUAGGAGCGUUGUCCAAAAAGUCCCUGCGUGAUAUCACCCACUGGAUGGAAGACCUAUACACUUGGGGUGAACAUGCUUAUGGCGUGAUUGAUAGCCCAACCUCGACACGGCGCAACAGACAUAGAAUGGCUUCAAAGAAAAUCGAAGAGGAUCCACAGCAGCCUCUCUCAGGGGUGGCAGAGCCUUCAACCUCCGAGGUACAGGAGGAGCCCUCAGAAGCCAUCCAGCCAGAUGGCCAGAGUUCAUCAGAGCCCGCAAAGCAGCCAGCAGCCAGUGAUCAAGAUGGAAAGUUCAAUAAGAUGGCGACUUAUUUCAAAAUGGGGUAUGGCACGUACUGGAGCAUACCCGGAACGGGCACAGUGAGCGAUACCUCGACGGGCUCGUCACAAGUCAAAGGACCAGAUGACACUCCAAAGCAAGCGGUGGAGCCGAAGCAACCUCGCCCUAAGCCCCCAGUUCGCUCACCGUCAGUCGAAGCUGCAGGCCAUUACUUGAUUGGAUUGAUGGGCGAGAUCGAGGAAGGAGCCAGUGACCUCGAGGAGAACCAACAUUCGGACAACAACUCGGAAACAGAGCACAAUUCGCGGACUGUCCUCAGAACACUCCACGUUGAGCUCGAAAGCGAGGCUGAGGACCGGCCAGAGUCCAUGAUUGUCAAAGACUUUGAGCAUCCAGCCAGCAUCUGGACACAAUCGCAGGUCAUGGGCAAUAUGGUUCCAGGCUACAACUCACACGAUUUGAAUAAAGCAAAAAAGCUACGUGUAGUUGUCUACGUGAAUCGUCCUUUCAUUUUCACGUUUCUCUUCGAGCUACGAACGGACUCCCUAGCAUGGGAUGCCCUCUAUCGCUCGCUUCACUACCAGCUCGCGCCGCUGAAGAAGCCGUUAUUGUCCUCCACGAGCUACCGCCCAGAGCAACCUAGCACAGGCUCAUCUGUAUCGAAUAUAUUCAACUUGGUGUGGGAUCCAAAGGCGAUCACCUUCUCCUCUACCAUUCCCAACAUACCAGAGACGUAUGAGACGGAGAACUCCUGGUCCCGUGCCGAUGCGCUAAGUACGCACUUCCAUAUCCUCCAAAUCCAUAACGCUACACGCGCCCAUCCCAACGACCUUGAGAGGACUCAGAAGACUGGCCGCGGAUGGUGGAUUGUGUGGACGAGACUUCUUCAUCGAAGGGAAGAAACCGCCGGCAGUAAUCUUCCCACCAUCCAGGAGUCCUCCGCGCCUUCCUCGUCCGCCGCUUCCGCAAAUGGAUCUGAAAAUGAUGCGUCGCAAAGCUAUGGUACGGAGGACGGCAAUGUUGCAACAACCGUUGACAAGGAAAUAUUCCUUAUCCGUCAAGCCAGCGACCAUAAAGGGUUUCAAGACAGGGCGGGUGAAGGAGCGGGCAAACUGGCUCAAGGGAUUGGCGUCGAUACGCGACGCUACGUAGAGGAACUAUUAAGCUUGCUCUGA